AUGGGUAUCGAUGUCGCCAUAGGCAUCCCAGUCAACCUUCUCCUUCACUGUUGCACAUCCACUUUCUCGGAAGAGUCCCCAGCCACGAAGACGCUGUCCUCGAUGUUACACCCUCGACGCCUUCCCGAGGGGUCGAAAGACUGGGUAUCAUACGUGUCCAGCAACUUGGCCAUCGACGACGUUCUCCCAGCGAAUCGUGACCAUGUGAUCAAGCCGCGAAACAAGGCCGACGAACGCGCCUCCAGCAGCUGCGUAGGACAUCGGAGUAGUCUUUUCCCGAAAGCCGAGUGCGACCUGCUGGUUGUGGUGGGCGUCAAGGCUACUGGUACCCAGUGCUACCCCAUGGAGGACAUUGUGAGUGCCAUCAACCGUAACCAAGGGGUGGUGAUCUGUGGCGAGACUGGAUCUGGGAAGACCACGCAGGCUGCGCAGUUCAUCUUUGAGGACAACAUUCGUGGAGGGCAAGGCUCUAGGUGCCAUAUCGUGGUCACCCAGCCAAGGAGGAUUGCAACAAUCUCCAUGGCAAAGCGGGUGGCUCUCGAGCGGGACGCAGAGCGGAGCGACAUCAUCUACUACCAAGUCCAUCUCACGAAGCAGCUGCUGAGGAGCCGCGGAGGCGCACUCAUCUGCACAUUGGGCAUCCUGCUGCGUCACUUGCAGCAGAACGUCGAACAGCAAGGAGUGUCGCACGUCUUCGUUGACGAGGUCCAUGAGCCCGACGCCUGUACCGACUCGCUGCUUGUGCUCCUUCGUGAGGUGCUCUCCAUAAACCGUACACGGAAGUGUGGUUCUGACCCGGUCCGGAUCGUUCCCGAAGUUUUGACGUGCAUCAUGGAGAUGAAGCCAACCACAUCGAUGCUCUGCUUCCUGCCCGGGUGGAACGAAAUCAACAAGGUGCGAGCAGAGCGUUGCAAGCGAGCUCCAGUGAACUUCCACGCCCGUAUUCUGCCGCUGCACUCACGUCUGCGAUACCAGGGACAGCAAAAGAUCUUUGCAAAUCCUCCAGCAGACGUGCACAAGGUGAACCUCUCCACUAACCUUGCUGAGACAUCCAUCAACGUUGACGACGUGGUGUACGUUGUAGACUCCGGCGUUCGCCGAGAGCAGCGCAUUAACCCAUCCACGGGUGUGAGCCUGCUCGGUACGUUCCCCACGUCGAAGGCCACUGUCGACCAGCGAGCAGGUCGCGCGGGUUGCGUGCAACCUGGACAGUCGUACCACCUAUUGACUAAAAAUGAGUUCCCCUCCUGGGACCAGUUCAAGAGCCCUGAGAUGCAGACCACCGACCUAACAAAGGUGGUCCUCGACUGUAAAACCGUGGUAGCCAAUGCACGACACCUGCCCGACGAAGAAAUCGAAGAGGAGGCAGCUGGCCAUGAACUGGUGCCCUACAACGCGAUCAAUUCUUGGCAAAAUUUCCUUGGAAAGCAAUAG